AAUUUGAUGAGUGAACAUUUAAAAUUUGAAAAAGUACGUGCAGUGUGUUCUAAAGUUGACGAUAUAUGUAAAAGAAAUUCAAGUAAUGUGUGUGCGGUGCGAUUCUUUCACGAAAAGAUGGAUUACAAGGAUUUUGAAAACACGUGCUUUUUGUAUAUGACCAAUAUGUGUGAUAAUCCUGAGCAUGAAUACGCCAUCGUUGUAUCUGGGUCAUGUAAUGAGUUUUUAAAGACACGUAGAAGUAGUGUCAUAUCCGCCCCAAUAGUUAAAAAAUCAGAACAAAACUCAACCAGCAAGUUUAAAUCUAAUACCACCCAAACCCGAAAGGCUUUUAAACAUUUGCGAGCCCACCCAGAGACAACAUGGAGCACGCUCUACGACAUUGAGACAGCUUUUGACUAUCACCUAUGCCCCCUUUCCUGUCCAAACACAUAUGAUCCUGUGUGUGUCGCUGUCAACCGCGGCCAUGGAUUGUAUUUUAAGUUCUACACAUUUGUGAACCACUGUGCGGGUGAUUUGUACUAUUGCAAACAUUGGGAAGAAUUCAGUCCACCACCAGAUGAAGGGGAACUGGUGAAGAGUUCGCCACUCAGUUGGUCUUACUGUGCAUCUAACAAAUAUAUUCAAUACGCACGAUUCAGUGAAGUAACAUCAUCAAUGGGGUACUAUGGAUGGCUGGCGGGCGACUAUAAAUACAGCCAUAUUAUGGAGCCUCACGAAAGAAUACCCGGCCAUGGAUAAUUGAAUAUGUUAUAUGCAAGAUUAUUAAUUUAAUU